CGGUGCUCUUUCCCACCGCGAGACCUUGGCCAGCUUGCGAUGAACGGGCUGGAGAAGCGGUCCUUGGCCAGCGAAAUUCUGGAGCAGCUGCCUCUGGCGAAAAAGACUGCCGUGUGGGGCACACUAGGGACGAUUCGACCUCACCUGGGCUUUGAUGCGGAGAAAGAUGCCCAGACCUUCUUCGAGGCUGUCAGUGGCGAAGGUAUCAAAAACGGAGUGGUCAUCAACCUGCUGACCAACCGAAGCAACGAACACCGGCAGCAAAUCGCUGAAGCGUUCCUCAACUUCACCCAACAGAGCCUGCUGAAAACGCUGGAGGCCGUGGUGUCCGGCCAGCUUGAGACCAUUCUCAUGGGGCUGCUCUGUCCAGCGGCUCAGUACGAUGCCCACGAGAUCAAGGCGGGUUUGCAGGGCCUGGAGGUGGAAACCCUGAUUGAAAUUGCCUCCACUCGAACAGCUCAACAGCUCCAGGAAAUCUUGGAUUAUUAUAAGCAGGAUUUCAAAACAGACUUGGAAAUGGAUAUUGCUUCUGGAACCACUGGUGGCUUUAAAGACCUUCUAAUCGCCUUGAUCAAGGGUAAGCGGGAAUGCUAUUCCGGGAUUAUCGAUUAUGCCUUGAUACGGCAAGAUUCGAAGGCCCUCGCUGAGGCGGCCGCUGGUGGGGAUGCGGGACAGGAGGAGGAGAGCGAGUGGAUCCGGAUCCUGACCCAGCGCAGCCCAGAACACCUGAAGAGAGUGUUCAGCAGGUACCACAAGAUGACGGGGACCCCGGUCGAGGAAACCAUGGGGAAGCAUUUCCAGGGCCACUUCCAGGAAGCAGGUUUAACGCUGGCUUCCCUCCUGAGAAACACUCCCCUGUAUUUUGCCACCAAGCUCUACCAAGCCAUUAAGGACGCAGGACGCAGCCCCCGGACUGUCGCUCGAAUCAUGAUUUCCCGCAGCGAGACUGACCUUCUGAGCAUCCGCACCGAGUUCAAGAGGCAUUAUGGGAUCUCGCUCUAUUCCCUCAUUGGGGCAGAAACAAAAGGCGAUUACCAGGCGGCCUUGCUCAGCUUGUGCAAGGCAGAAGAUCUGUGAAAGAUGCUCCCUGCUGAGGACCCUCCCCAUCCAGAGGCAGUCUACUUUGGAGGCCAUCCAGCCCUUCCUUCCAGCAAAGCCGGCCUGAUUUUAAAGAAGGGCAGAGAUUUCAAAGGAGAUCCAGAAAGGCAGCUGUGGAAUUCAGGCUGACCGGUUGGGUCGGUUUCUGCCUUUCCCAGCCCCGCAUCCUUCCGAAACUUUCCAACAGCCCGGCCCGGGUGGGGGAAUUGAGAGAGAGCUGCAUGUUUUAUCAGUGUAUGGUAGUUAAACAAGUCUUACCGCCAAAGUUUAGGAGGGGGAAUAAUAGCAAACAGCAAAGAUAUAUAGAACUUCCAGGAUCAGGCGCAAUCUACCGCUGAAUAGUAGCUGCCGGGAAACGCUUAUGGGCUUCU